GUUUAUGAAGAACAAAUAGCGGACACGCAGUCUUUUUGGAUGAAUGUGUUUUCCAUAUCCACCACAGAAAUCGCAAGUGCCCAAAGCUGUUUCCUAUCCUGGGGCCGCCAUACCAUUACAUCUUUUCUUGUGAUGUCUGUACUGUUAAACUGUCACGGAAAAGUAAAUUUGGGUGUCUUCUUUCCUUCUUAUUCUGGUCGAUGAUGAUAAAGGGUUCUGAUCUUUUGUACAAGUGUUUUUGGAGUUUAAUGUUGAUAAUCAGAUGCUUUCCAAGGUGCCCGGUAAUCUCCCACCUCAUGUGAAUAUCAACCUCAUUCGAAAGUAUUUGAAUUCAGGAAAUUUAGCACGCGCUCGCCAAUUGUUCGAUGGAAUAUCUCAACCAGAUGUGCGGUCAUGGACAGUCUUGAUUUCAGCUUAUACCAAGAAUGGUUGGUGUAAAGAAGCAAUCGAACUUUACACUAAUAUAAAAAACAGCGGAAAGAUAUGUCCUGAUAAGCUCGCUCUUUUAGCAGUAACCAAGGCUUGUGCAACUUCAAGGGACUUGGCAAAGGCCAAAGAAAUUCAUUCUGAUGUCUUGAGGUACAGGUUUAGCUCGGAUUUGCUUCUAGGGAAUGCUCUGAUUGACAUGUAUGGGAAAUGUAAGUACAUUGAGGGUGCAGAAAGGGUUUUUGCGGAUUUGAGGAUAAGGGAUGUGAUUACUUGGACGUCCUUUUGUUCUUGUUAUGUUAACUGUGGGCUUCCGGAUGAGGCUCUUCGGGUUUUUCGUGAGAUGGGAUUGAGUAGAAUUAGGCCUAAUCCAGUGACAUUGUCGUCUGUGCUCCCUGCUUGCUCGGCUUUGAAGUGUUUAAAUCUGGGUAGAGAGAUUCAUGGUUAUGGUAUUAAGAAUAGGAUGGGUGAGAAUGUUUUUGUGAAUAGUGCUCUGGUGGAUAUGUAUUCUAAUUGCUCGAGCAUAAAGCAUGCAGAAUUAGUGUUUUAUAGCAUGCCACAGCCUGAUGUUGUGUCAUGGAAUGUGAUCAUAUCAGCAUAUUUUUCGAAUGGUGAAUGCUGGAAGGCGCUUAAUAAAUUUCAAGAAAUGAGAAAUCAAGGGGUUAAGUUGGAUAUUGUUUCCUGGAACUCUGUCAUUUCUGGGUGUGUUGAUAAUGGAAAAGCACAAGAAGCAAUGGAGUUAUUUAGACAAUUGCAGCAGGUAGGAGGCAGACCUAAUCAAAUCACGAUUACAAGUGUAUUAACUGCUUGUACUUUUUUAGAAUGUUGGAGGGAAGGAAAGGGCAUUCAUGCAUAUAUAUUCAGACAUAGUUUUAUGAAGGAUGUGGCAGCCAGUACUGCUCUAGUGUUAAUAUAUGCCAAGAGUGGUGACUUAAAAAUGUCCAACCGAGUUUUUAAUAUGAUGUCAUUGAAAGACACUGUUGCAUGGAACACAAUAAUCAUUGCUAACUCAAUGCAUGGAAGAGGAGAGGAGGCUUUAUUGCUAUUCAAUGAAAUGGUGGCCUCAGGGGUGAAACCAAACUCUGUUACUUUUACUGCCGUCCUGUCAGGUUGCAGCCACUCGCAGAUGGUAGAUAAGGGGCUCUCAAUUUUUCAUUCAAUGAGUAAGGAUCAUAAAGUUGAACCAGAUCCAGAGCACUACUCUUGCAUGGUUGACGUUCUUAGCCGUGGUGGUCGCUUAGAAGAGGCAUAUAACUUCAUCCAAAAAAUGCCCGUAGAACCAAGUGCAGCUGCAUGGGGAGCUUUGCUUGGAGCAUGUCGGAUAUAUAAGAAUGUAGAUCUAGGACGAAUUGCUGCAAACCGUCUACUUGAGAUUGAACCAGACAACCCCGGAAAUUAUGUUCUACUUUUUAACAUCCUUGUUACUGCCAAACUGUGGGGAGAAGCCUCAGAUACUAGAAAACUGAUGAGAGACAGAGGAAUUAGAAAACUUCCUGGUUGCAGUUGGGUUUGGGUGAAGAAUAGAGUGCAUACAUUUGUUGUUGGUGAUAAAAAUAAUCAUCAGAGCAAUGACAUUUAUAAAUUUUUGGAUGAAAUACGCAGAAAAAUGAAAUUAGCUGGAUGCUACCCAGAUACAGAAUUUGUGCUGCAAGACUUGGAUGGUGAGGAGCAGGAGGAUAGUUUGUGCAAUCAUAGUGAGAAGUUGGCUGUUGCUUUCGGGAUACUCAAUUUGAAAGGUGAAUCAUCCAUUCGGGUCUUUAAGAACUUGAGGAUAUGUGGUGAUUGUCAUAAUACCAUCAAGUUCAUAUCAAAUUUUGUAGGAAUGCAAAUCAUUGUUAGAGAUUCUUUAAGGUUUCACCAUUUUACACACGGAACAUGUUCCUGUGGAGAUUUUUGGUGAAGCCUGCAAGUGCAUUUCAUUGAUAUGAGCAAAUUGUCGGGAUUUUUGAAGACCCAGUCCAGUGAAUAACAACAAAAUGCUAUGCGCUUUCUUCAAAGAGAAAUAAUCUUUUGGAGCUCCUUUCCCAAACGAUUGCGCACACAACAUUUUCCCAGUUGCUUUAAUUGAUUAUCAGUUCAAGCACAUAUAUUAAACAACCACAGUAAUAUACAAGCAUGAAACUGAUCCCGGUGCUUCUCCAACAAGGUAACUUUGGAGUUUGAUGAACCCUUUCAAUUACAGCAAAACUCAAGAAUCAGUACAGUGAUGCUAAAUACACUCUAUCAGUCAAG